UUCUAUUUUUAAUUUUGGCGUUCUGUUUAUUUUAUUUAAAUUUUUGCUUUGCCCGCUUUUUAUUUUAAAAAGUCUGAAAAAAUUUUUUCGGGAUCGUUUUUUAAUUUUGUUUCGGGCAAAACGCGUACUUUGAUAUGAAAGAAUGGGAAGUUUUUUUCUACGGGCUUUUCUGUUGCUUUCCUUUCCUCGUUCUGUACUGACAUUCAAGCAAUUUAUAAAGAACUACUUUCUUGCAUAAAAUGAACUAAUGAUUUUAAUUGUAAAUUGGUUGAUUUUGUACCAAGACGGAACAAGGGGAAGUAAAAGAAAAGUCAGCGUAACAAGUACACAAGAAAAGCCCCUCGCAUUCUUCAUUAUUGUAGUUCCUAUCAGAGGUCGGUCGCAAUUUCAAUUUACAAAAGUUUACGAUGAUUUUCUAGUUCCGACUUUUGAGCACGGUUUCCAAUUUCCGGUACCUUCGUCUGGCCAACCUCUGAAUAUUUCCGACUGACCUCUGAUAAUCUUUAUUUUCUUAUUUUAAUUUUUUAGAUUAAUUUUAAUAAAAGAGAAAAGAAUGAUUGGAGAAACUUCACUGGACAAUUUGCCAGAAAUUGUGGAUCCAGAAAAUCAAGAAAAUUUAGAUUUGGAAGAAUCUCAACAAGAAGAAGAACCUACUUUAGAAGAACGUUUAACAGAAUUAGUCCAAAAUGUGUUAAAUAAAAGUUGUGCUGUAGCAAUUCGUGCAAUGAAGGAUUUGGAACAAAAAUUUUUGAAUGAUGAAGAUACUUUGGAAUUAAUUGAAUGUGCUAAUAAAUUGGUGGAUACAAUUCGUGAAGAAACUAGUCGACAAAAUAAAUUUGCUUAUAUUCCUCCAAUUCCAAAUAAUCACUUGGCCAGCUUUUUGUUGUUACGUUUUGAGGAGGAACGCGUAAAUAUUAAAAAGGCGGCGAUUUGUGCUUUUCAGGCUCUUUUCCCACAUCUUGCUGAUAGAGACCCAGAGAAUGGUAGUGUUACUUGUGAUGCCCUAAUUACCACUGUUUGUGCUGAUCGUCUGGCCAAUAAAUGCAAAGAUUUGGCUUUAGCUGUCCGCAAACAGGCUGCUUUGACUUUAACUCGUUUAUUGCAAGAAUAUGGAUUAAAUGUUGAACGUUUUCGUUCAACAUGGCUUCAUGCAGUAAUGCACCAAAUUGUUGAUAGAGAGCCAAGUGUUCAACAACAUGCAGCUAAACUUAUUUCGGAGGUACUUGUGGAGCCAUUACUUCGUGAUUCUAAUGCUAGUGGGGAAUUAGUUUGGGUUUUACUUGCUGCUAUUGAAGAAGAAGCGGAUUUGCGGUAUAAUUUUGAUUUUUGAAUGUUGGCAAGUGGGCAAGUCUGGGGAUUUCCGGAACUGAAC